UCAACAAUAAUGCGUUCAAAAGUAGAAACAAAAGUAUUUAAAACUUUAGACUUUGUAUUCAAAAGCGAUAAACUGUUCGCGAAUUUGUGAUAAAAAGCGACGAAAUCUUCGCUCAAUUCACGAAUCAAUUGAAGAACUCUUUGAAAGAAGUCUCAAAAUUGCAUUUCCAGAACAGCGAUGUCUGAAUUCACGGGAAAAUACAAACUCGAGUCGUCCGACAACUUCGACAACUUCCUCAAGGAGUUGGGCGUGAACUUUGUGAUGCGCAAAAUGGCCAACUCUUCGUCGCCGACACUGGAGAUCACUCGCGAGGGAAACGACUUCACGUUCAAAAGCGUUUCCGCGAUCAAGACUUCGGUCACCAAAUUCACGCUCGGAGUGGAGUUCGAAGAGGAGAGACUCGACGGCAAGAAAGUCAAGUCCACUUUCACACAAGAGGGCAAUAAACUGAUCCAAAAGCAAUUGGACGGCGCGAAGGAAGUCACUUACAUUCGGGAGUUCGACGGCGACUCUUUGAAAGCCGUAAUAAUACUUCGAUCGCAAAUAACGUGACUUCAGUUCGAGUUUACAAAAGAGUUUAAUUUUUGUUUGUUUUAUAUUUUAUACAAAUUUUAUGAUAAAUAAAAUGAAUUUUUAAUUAUAA